AGCAACAGCCUUCUCCGAGAGUCUCGACUAAACCCUAACUCGGACUUCGUUUUUCCAAUUCUCUGAGCCUCACUAGCAUUGACUCCGGGAGACUUCGGCGAAUUUAGGGACCAUUUUGGAGACCAAGCGCGCAGACUGCAGCAAUUCGGCACAAAUUUAGAUACCAAGAUGGCAGAUGAUCUACAAAGGUGGUGGAGGCAGAAGAGAGAGGGUCAUCUUGCUCUGCAGCAAAAUUGUGUAUCUUGCAAGGGAUCCUUCAUGAUUCCAUCUGCGGUUGAGGACAGCGAAAGGGCUGCUAGGGCGAGGCACUGCACCGAUGAGGGAGCAAAGGCUGGUUUUAAGGCGGCCUGCAUUGCUUUUGUAGCAAGUAGCAUUCCGACUCUGACUGCUGUCCGAAUGUUCCCUAAGGUUAAAGCGAGUCUCAAUUACACAGGACAAGCCCUAAUCGUCUCUGCAGCCUCUAUAGCGAGUUACUUCAUUGUUUCAGAUCAAACUAUUCAUGAAUGCUCCCGCAAAUCAUCCUACGCUGCUCUUGAGAAGAGGCGGUCUGAAGUGUCAUGAAUAUUUUCUUGAUAGUUACUGCGUACUAGCAGUAGGCAGGGUUUUAAGUUUAGGGUUACUGUCUUAGCAUAGCAGAGCUGUCGAGAUAUGUGCACAAAUGUGGCAAUCGUAAAAGUUUGUUCACAUGGGUUCCUACUUUAAGUUCGAAUACAAACAGUUGCACCUUCUCAUCGAAAGGUUACGUGGUAUCUCUAAUAAAUGCUGAAGUGCGCGAGUAGGCAUAUUUGUUCCACUAACAUUGUGCAACAUCUUUAAAAGGGGUGCGACAGUGCAACCUGUGAAAGACUUUUCAGUA